AUGCAUCUGAAUGAUCAGUUCUUCAUCUCACACAAGCAUCAAGAAGAUGAUGGACUGCCUAAUCUUGAAGAGCUGCAAGAAAAGAAUCAUGCAUCAGACGACGGUGCAUCAAUGUCUUCCGUAGUUCGCACGCCGCCAUUCCAACCGGGAAAGCAUAAGCCGCAGCAAGCAUUAUUCCUGCCUGAUGACCUUGAGACUUUGACGAAGCUGGUGUCGCAAGUCAGAAUCAGUUCUGAAGUAAGAGCCUAUCUAUACAACAUUAUCGUGUUCAUGCGACUGCAUCGAGCAGUUGCAGGAGGCAUCUCUGCUUUGGCCACAAGACACUUCAACACGCUGGCACAUACGCUCGCCCCACUCCACGGUCUCGAUUAUAUCUCGCCGUCCAUGAUCGCCCUCGCCGCUCGCAAGAUAUACCCACAUCGCAUUGUCAUCACAGCACCAGAGAACGAGCGCAGCAUGCAAUGGGGCAGCUCGCUUGAAGCGGUCAAGGCUGUCCUCGAAGGUGUCACGGUUGAGGAUGUCAUCGAGGAAGUGCUAGAAUCAGUGGAGGUUCCGCUUUAG